GCCUUCACUCCACUUGCACUGCUGUUGGAACUCGCCGCCGUUGCUUUUCAUCGUCCGCCUGUCUGUUUUGUUCUUCAUUUAGUGCAUUCAUUCAUCUGUUGUUCAGCACACAGCCUGCGCCUCAUCUCCGCCCUCACACUCUGCUCAGUCCAUUCUGAUUGGCUCAUUGAUCAGUCUCAGCUGUUUUGGACUGAAAUUUCUACCCCACACCAGCCCCACCUGGUUUUCCUCAUUCUGAUUUACAGACGCUGCUAGAGUUAUUUUGGGGGAGGGUUACAGACUAUUGGCUUACAUUUGAUUCCCCCCAUCAACCUACAUAACCCCUGAAAGGUGCUAUUAGAUCAACUACUCUCCUCAGCCAGUGCUUGUUUUUCUGUGUGGGUUAUUGCUGCGGUGAGAACUAAAAGCAUCCCCAGUACCUCUGUCAAUGGGAGCAGGGAAGAGUCCACUGCAGCGCCAUCUGCAGUGCAGAGAGACAAGGCUGCAGAGGAUCAUGGGAGUUGUAGUCCUCCAGCCCCACUUUGAUUUAUAUCUGCUUUGACUUGAUGUGUCUAGCAACCAGCAUGAAGAUGUUUAUAUGGUGACACCAUGCUAGGUGAUGUAUAGCCCCAGUUAUUAUAAGUACACAUGCGAGCCCUGAGGCCCAGUAUGAAUUCCUCUCUUAUCUGUGCUUGGAGUGGAAGAUCUGACCGGCACACAGACACAGCUCAUAUAUCCCCCAUUCCCAGGCUCUGUUCUACUGGGUCUUCCUGUCUGGAAAUAGACGAGGAGAAAACAACCAAACAGAGCUAGGAAGUGGUGCAGUUCAACUUCUCCCUGGGGUUAGGUAGGAAAACACAUAUUUGUGUAUUUUAUCAGCAAGGCCCUAAAACAAGUGUUGUAUAUGAGGGAGAUUAUCAGUGUCUUUGGAGGGGAGUUGCCAUUUCAACAAUAUUUUGUGGCCCACUUAAAACAAACCAAUUAGGUAAUGACAUUUUAGUUAACGAUAAGCAAGCGGGGAGCGUUGACUUCGUUAUACAGAUGGGGGGAGGGGGGGGCACUAGUUUACCACAGGGACUCGAUAAAAUUGACUAAAAUCCAUGGCUUGGACAAAGGCAGACGGGCAGAGAUGCAGCAUGUUCUGUGUGUGACAACCACUACCCCUUCCACAUGCACUAACCCAUACUGCCCCACACCACCACCACCCUUACAUCUCCAUCCACUUCCACUGCUUUCUGUCUGUCAAGACGAUCUACUAUGACCCAAUCCAACCAUCACCUCUGUGCUUGAGCCCAUCUCAGACUAACACCAUUGGUCCGUUGGCCCUCUGUUGACCCUGCCCUUCUGUAUAUGCAUCAUCAUAUACAGUCCAGUACUAACAUCGUCUCCUUUUUGUUUAACUCUUCAACAAAAAGCUGCAUGCUGUUUUACUGUUUGGUUUCAAUCCCUCCCACUUGGUUUUCUGUUUGAAAUUUGACAUCUACUCUCUUUGUGAUUAUAAAUAUCCAUUUUUUGGGGGUUGGUUUGUAUGUUUUUGGUAGAGUGCAGCACCCUGGUGAAUGGUAGUAGAAAAGCUUGGAAUAGUUAUAAUCACAACUGAAACGCAACCUUUUAAAUGUUUCAUUUUAUUUUUUACAAAUCUCCUUGUUUCUGUUUUCUUUGUGCUUGAUGAUGUACUGUAGUUUGUAGUGGUGCGACAGUCUUGCAUUUCACUUGUUUGUUUUACUGCCGUCCCAUAGCGUUAUAACAGUCUCAGUCACGCACCUGAUGUCUUCCUCUCUCCUACACAGUCAUACACACUCUCAACCCUGGGCCUUGUAAUGGUAACCCAAGGCCCUCUUCGCACUUUCUCUCUCUCUCUCUCUCUCUCUUUCCCCCUCUCUCGCUGUAUUUCUCUCGUGACAGCUGCAUAUCUUUCGUGGCGCUCCCCUCUUGUCUUGGUUAUGGAAUCACAACAAGCUUGGGAGUUUCUGGUCCUCCUUUCUGUUAACGCAAGGUUUCCAUUCCUCGUUUUUGUUCCAUUUGUCUGUGUACGAUAGAUCUCGCUAUAUAGCGGUUCAUAUAUGUAUAAGCGUGUGAUACAUAUAUUACCGUCUCCUUUCUCCUCUUCCUCCCUCCCCUUCGUACCUCCCAGACAGCUGAUAUUCUCUGUGUUACAACAACGAGUAGAACAUGGGACGCUUCAUCCCCAGUUUGUAAGCUUUCGAGGUUUUUAUCGCUUCCUGUUAGGGUAGGCUCCUUCUCUAAACCCUCAGUGUGGCCAUAAGGAUGUUAGUACAGAGACUACGCACUCCUUCCCUCCCUCCUCACCUUCCCCCUGUGCUGGAAGACACUGAUGUCACAUGGUGGAGGAGGUGGUGAUGAUUUGGUAGUAGUCCUGUAUGUGUUUGUGACCCGUGCCCACGGGAAAAGCUUUUCUUAUUAUUGGAAUGUUUUUGGUCUUUUUCUCCUCUGUUCUGUCUGCCAGGAUAACAUUGGGCACCGGCUGCUUCAGAAACAUGGCUGGAAGCUGGGGCAAGGACUGGGCAAAACCAUGCAGGGACGCACCGACCCCGUGCCCAUCAUCCUCAAAUAUGAUGUCAUGGGGAUGGGACGCAUGGAGAUGGAGUUGGAUGUUGCCGAAGAUGCUACAGAGAAGAGGAAAGUGCUGGAGGUGGAGAAGGAAGUCACAGAGGAAUUACAGCAGAAAUACAAGGACCAGGUGGAAAAGGAGAAGGCCAUCGCCAAAGCCCUGGAAGACCUGCGGGCCAACUUUUACUGUGAGCUGUGUGAGAAACAGUACCAGAAGCACCAAGAGUUUGACAACCACAUCAACUCGUACGACCACGCUCAUAAACAGAGGCUUAAGGAGCUGAAGCAGAGGGAGUUUGCGAGAAACGUGUCAUCACGCUCCCGGAAGGGUGGGAAGAAGCAGGAGAAGCUGCUACGCAGGCUGCAUGUGCUGGCUGAGCAGAGGAAACAGCAGAACCGUACCCCUGGAAGUGGUCCCAUGUUCAAACCCACCACCGUGGCAGUAGACGGGGAGAAGGGUGAAGAGGGGAGUGCUGUAACCCCCGAGUAUGUUCCCCCUGCAGACACUGCCAUGGAGGGCUUGUCAGGGGAGGAGAAGAGCAGUGGGGGUCAGGCCUCCCCCAAACCAGCCCCCACCGUCAGCUUCUCCCUGGGGAAGAGCAGCUCAUCCCCGGCCGGGGCCUCCAAGGUCAGCGUGUCCUUCUCCUUCGCCAAGAAACCCCCGGUGAAACUGGAGACGGUCGCAGCAGUGUUCGCUAAACUCCAUCAGGAUGACGAGGAGGAGGGGGGACAGGAGGAGGGAGGGGAGAAGGCCGCGGGACAGGAGGAGACCUCCGGCUGCAGCACCGAGAGCCCCAAGGGAGGAGGAGGGGGGAAUGGAACAGCAGGGCCGGAGGAGGAGGAGGAGCAGCAGGAGGAGCAACUAUAUCAAGAACAACCAGAGCAGGAGGAAGAAGAUGAUGGCGCCUCCCUAGCCUCCACUCUCAACAAGCUGAAGAUGAUGAUGAAGAAGGAGGAAGGCUGGGCCGGCCAGGAGCCUGAGUACUACCACUACAUCCCACCAACCCACUGCAGAGUCAAACCCCGCUUCCAGUUCCUGGUGUUCAUGAAGGCCACAGACCAGUGUGAGAUCAGGGAGCAAGAAGAAGAUGAAGAGGUGGAAGAGAAGGAAGUGAAGAAGACCGAGAAGGUGGUAGUAGAGAUUUCUGAGCAGACACAGCCAAAAGCUACUGAGUGCAAAUCAGAGGAGCCAGAGAAGACUCCAGUCACAGAGCCCACUCCCACAUCACCUAAACUGAAGACUGAAGAGGCCUCUGCCAGCUUAACAGACCCCCUUCCCACAAUGGCCCCUACCCCAGUACCAGGCAGCAAGCAGGAGACCCCAGUCCCAGAGCUCAACUCGGGCCCCAAAAUCCCCACCGGCCCCUUCUUCCUGGUCCUGAGCAAAGACGAGAGCACCACUCUGCAGUGGCCCUCGGAGCUGCUGGAUUUUACCAAGGCUCAGCCCGCCCUCUCUUACAGCUGCAACCCCCUGUACUUCGACUUCAAACUGUCCCGCAACAAAGGGGGCCGUGCUGGACGAGCAGCAAAGUCCUCCAAGCCCGCUGAAGGAGCUGAGAAGAAAACCAAUCCUGAGGCAGCUGCUGCAGUCAAUGAGGGGAAUGCUGCUGCUGCCACCAACACCCCUGGGCCCAGCACUGACAACACUGGUACGGAGCAGCCCUCCUUAAAAAUAGAAGGUUCCCAAGGGGAGACUGAGGAACAAAAGCUACAGAGUAGCACAAGCGGAGCCAAGAAGAAGAAAAAGAAGAAGAAGAAGCAUAAGAAAUCUGGGAAAGGCUCCAAGCGCAAAGAAAAAGAGAAGGGAGCCAUAGUGGACGGGGAUGCGGAAACUGAGAUCCUAGGAGAGAAAACCAAAAAGAAGAAAAAACACAAACGAAAGAAGAGCAAAAACAAAGGUGAGGACGGGGAAGGAGGUGGUGGUGGUGGUGAUAAGGAAAAGCCUAAAGAGGAUAAAGCAGUAGCCGCAACGGUUUCUAGUGCUCCCCCAGCACCAGCAGGAACAGGAUCUGCUACAGGAGCGGAACCUGGGAAGAGGAAACGACCAGCCAAAGAAGCACUUCAGAAGUCCGGGGAAGAGGAAGGUGGGGCAGGGAAAGGCUCUGAUGAGGCCAAGGCCUCUGAGGAGCACAACGGCACCAAGCGUCUGAAGACAGACCCCAGCGCCCCACCCAGCGCUUCCUGCUCCUCCUCGGCCCAGAAGAGCCCCGGGCCAGGCAGACCACCCAGCAGUGAGAGUGAGGAGGAAGGAGGUGGAGGCUCAGCUUCCCGAUCCAGCCGCCGCAGGUCCACGCCCCGGGAGGGGCGCCGGCACCAGAGCGAUGACUCCGGCCGCUCCCGAAGCCGCUCGUCGCAUCGGGGAGACGGGCGAGGGAGCAGCCGGCGGCGGCACCGCGGCCAGGCCUCCCGUAGCCAGUCAGACUCCAGCAGCUCGGAGCGCUCCUCGAGCGCCUACAGCCGGCGCAGCCGCAGCUAUUCAGACAGUUACAGUGACGACAGUGACGGAGGCCGCCACCGGAGACACUCUAAACGCUCCUCUGACUCCGAGUACGAUCGACGGGGAAGCGGCGGGCGGCGGCGCUCCAGAAGACGUCACUAUUCUUCCUCGUCCUCGGAGGACUCUCGCUCCCGCUCACGCAGCCACAGCCGCAGGAAGAGGCACCAGCGGCGGCACCGGAGCAGCUCUCGGAGCUCCAGCAGCAGGAGCCGCAGCAGCAGCGCCAGGUCGUGGAGACGCAGCUACAGCCGCAGCCACAGCUCAGCCAGCCGCUCCUCCAGCUCUACUAAGGGCUCCCCUCACCGGGGUCGGGGAGGCCAGGGGGGCCACAGGGGCCGGGCAGACAGCGCUACACGGCGCCGAGACUUCAACCGCUCCUGCAUCUACCGUUCCCAGUCCCCCCGCUCUGCCUCGUCACGAGCCCCAAACCGCAACAGCAGCUCCCAGAGCCAGAGGGCAGGGGGGUCCCGGGGAGAAGGAGGAGACCAGAGGAACUCUUCCUCACACUUCACCGCCCGUCAGCUUCUGGAUAAGAUCCAGUCCAGGAAGGGAUCUGAUGUCCCAACCACAGGGACCAAGUCUGGCGCCAAGAUAAAGGACCCGCCAUCGGGCUACUUUGGGCCCAAACUGCCUCCAGCUCUAGGCAAUAAGUCCAUGCUGCCCCUGUUCGGUAAGCUGCAGGCAGGGAAGAAAUUCCCUGCGAUCCCCCUGACCCGGCCCGAUGGUGGAGAGAAGUCAUCAGCAGGGAAAGGUUCAGAUGCCGUGGCAGAGGUCAUCCUGAUGGAGCCCAUCCGGGAGUUCCCUCCACCGCCUCCCCCAGCUCAUAAGAAGGUGGAGACGGUAGUAGUAGUCCAGGAAGCCCGCCACCUCACCCUGGAUGCACGGGUUCUUCAUGAGCCCCGGCCACUGUUCCAUCAGGAGCCCUCCAUGCUGAUGCCCCCAUACCAGGGCGACCCGGGACAGGACCCCUCCCAGAACCCCAUGAUGGAGUCCCUCAUCCCCGACAUGCAUCAGCAGCCACCCCCCAUGCACGCCUACCCCAACUACCCCCCGCCCAGCCUGGAGGAAGAGGACAUGGGCGUGGAGGCAGAGGAGGACGAUCUGGCCCCGCUGGAGAGCCAGCCCAUCACCUUCACCCCAGAGGAGAUGGAGAAGUACGGCAAGCUGCAGCAGGCCGCCCAGCAGCACAUCCAGCAGCAGCUCCUGGCCAAGCACAUCAAGACCUUCCCCUCAGCCGCAGCAGCACAGGCUGCAGCGAACAUGGCUGCAGCAGCGAACCAUCUGCAGCCGGCACCCCCUCCCCCCCAGCAGCAGAUGAUCCAGAUCCACCAGCCUGCUGUGUCUGCAGCCUCGGCUACCUCCAUCACCACAGUACAACACCUCAUCCAGCAGCACCAUGCUGCUCAGGCUGCAGCCAUGGGCAUCCACCCACACGGACCCCACCCGCACCCACAGUUAGCCCAGGUCCACCACAUCCCCCAGCACCACCUCACCCCCAUCUCCCUGUCUCACCUGGGACACUCUCUAGGCCACACUCUGGGCCACCAGUUGGGAGUGGGACACGCUGGACUGAUCCCUGCCCACCACACGGCCUUCCUCUCUGGCCAGCCCAUACACAUAAUCCCAGCCUCAGCACUUCAUCACCACAGCCCCUUAGCCCUCCACCACAUACCACACUCAUCCCUCUACCCAACGCUGUUCGCCCCUCGGCACUCUAACGCAGCUGCGGCAGCCGCACUACAGCUCCACCCCUUCCUGCACCCCAUCUUCUCAGGGCAGGACCUCCAGCACCCCCCUAACCACGGCUCCUGAGAAAGACCUUCACUAGAGCCAUGUGUCCACAUCAGAGGAGGGUGUUUUGGCCAGAGCAGGCCUGGUUAAACAUCUGAGUAAAAAUGGAGAGAGGGAGAUGUAGUGGCACCAUUGUGCAGCAGAUAAUGAUGAGAAUAUCAUCAGACUGGCCACCAUUAGACCACUGGCCAGACAGAGGUGCUGUGAUAUGCUGCCUGUGCAGAGGUAAACAACAGACAUUUACUGUGGGCACUUUGAUGGACCCCUCCUAACAGUUGACUGACAUUCACCCUGAGGUUUCUGGACAGGGUGGAGGAGGGUUUGAGGCAACCUCAAAUCUAAGAUGUUUUGAAUGGGAACCCAGUUUAAAUUAUUUUUUAUUUUUUUUGUCCCACAUUUUAUAACUGAUUGUCACACUGUCAAUGUUUGUUUUUACAGCCAAAGAGACGCAGUGGCUGAAGCCAUAAGCAGGAUGGUGUUGUGGGAAAGGAAAGGGGAGAUGGGGACAAGAGGCGGUUUAGGGUGACAUCCAUGACUGGAAACAGCCUUGACUUUGUAAUGUAAUCUGGUGGCUCUAGUCUACUGCCUGAAUUCUGUUAAUUAAUAUCUAAUGUUCUCACAUGACUACUUGCUCUCUUCAUGACCUGUAAUAUUCACCAACAAUUUGUAAUACAUUAUAGUGUACAUAGAUCACUGAGCAAUGUGAAGUAUCCCUCUAAUAUGAUGGGCAUUUAAGGGAUGUUCUUUAUUACUGACUAAUGAAAUGUUGCCCAUAAGGAAAUUAAAAUGGUCACUGGUGGGGGAACACCGAUAAGAGGUUGGGUGAAGCUCAAGUUUUAUUGGAGGUACUGUGGGGGGGGGGGGGUCACAGCCUCUUAGUGCUGUAGGGUUAAAGGUCAUGUUGUUCCUAGUGGUUGUGUAUCGAAAUGACUUGCACUGAAAUCUGUACAUCAAGAUGCUGCUCUCGCAUCAUGUAACAAAUGUAUGAUUGUAGUAUACUGCAAUAAUUGUAUUUGUGUUUUAUUUCUAAAUUAUUUUCCAAAAUGCUCCUCAAAAGAUGUUUUUCCUCUUGUGUAAUUUUUGCUCAAUGUAAAUAAAAUUGUUGUAGUUAACCCCAAUAACAUUCUAGGGGUUUGUUGCUACUGUAAAAAAUAAAAGAACUGAAGGAAUGAAGAUGGACAAGAAUACUUUAAAGGCAUUUUCUGAACUAUUAUCCUGUAUGGGGAGGAUUGGGUGAUGGCACUGCCUUGUAAGUGGCAGCAAUGGUAUGUCUUUUUUAAGUAUAAUGCGUCAGCAAAUAAAGAGUUUUGAGUUGCUACA